AUGGGCGCGUCCGACUCGUCGCACGGCAUUUUGUUGCAGAUGUUCGUCAUCUCGCCUGCAAUCGCAUGGAUCCUCAAGCCCGGCCGCUUCUCCAAGCGUCUCGGCUUCGCGUACGCGGUUGCCUUCCUCGUCGCCAUUGCCGCCAUCACAAUCGGUAUCGAGGUAUACGCACAAGAAGGCAACUUGUACCACGUCGUGGGCAUCAAUCGUGACGCGUCGUUUGCUGAAAUUAAGCGCGCUUUCCGGCAGCGCUCAGUGGAGCUCCAUCCCGACAAGAAUCCGUCACUCACUGCUACAGAAGAGUUCAAUAAGCUCCGACUGGCAUUUGAUGUUCUAGGAGAUGCCCACAAGCGUCCGCUGUAUGAUCUGUUUGGCCAAAAUGCCAUCGAGAAAGACGCGUGGUCUAUGCAGGUGGAAGCAGUCGUGGGCUCCCUGACGUUCUACGCUAUUUGGGCCCUGCUGACGUUUGUCUUGACGCUGAGUGAAGCUGCCCGAGAAGCGCGUGCGUGGUCGCUGGCUGCUGGUGUCCUCUUUUUUCUGGUGGAGAUCAACUUUAUCUACGGAGGUGCUCGUCUACCGCCUUACUUCUUUCCAAUGAUGACAAUGCACGACUUUGUCAUGAUAAUGCAUUUAGCGUUCCCGUUACUUUUGAAUGGAUGUCGCGCUAUUGGGGAAUAUUUUCAUCACGACUUGACCCGCGAAAACUUUGCGCUGAGUGUUGAGCUGCUGAAGAGCAACCAGGCCAUUCUGCUGAACAUGCGUGAAUUGCAAGGAGAGGUCGCAUCAUCUUCUCGUCGCCGUCCAGAGGUUGUGAAGGAUGACGUGGUUCCUGCUGCCGCAAGGAAGCGCAUGAAGAUGGACAAGCAUCUGUCGACAUUGCAAGCUGUUGAAAACGCAUCGGACGCACAAGUCGCUGUCGCCCAAGAACUCCUCGACGUUGCUACCCCAAAGCCAGAAGUACAGGACGGUGGCCAAGGCUUUGGAAUUCCGUGGUGGGUGUGGUGCAUCGGCACGUACUUUGCGUUCGAUUACAUAGUCGGUAGCUAG